AUGGCCGGCGGGGGGAUGGAUACCAGAGUCAGCCAACGGGCGGCCUCGUAUGAAUAUAAGGUCACCGGUUAUUUGAUCUUCAGCUGCAUAGUUGGUGCCGUGGGUGGUGCACUUUUUGGUUAUGAUCUUGGUGUUUCAGGAGGAGUGACAUCUAUGGAUGAUUUCUUGAUCAAAUUUUUCCCACAUGUCUACGAAAGAAAGCAUUCACAUCUGAAGGAAACAGAUUACUGUAAAUAUGACAACCAGAUUCUGACACUGUUCACUUCCUCCCUCUAUUUCGCGGCCCUGGUGAUUACGUUUGGAGCUUCCUACCUUACCAGAUGGAAGGGAAGAAAAGCCAGCAUCAUCACUGGUGCCCUCAGCUUUCUCGCCGGAGCUAUCCUCAAUGCAGCCGCCCAGAAUAUCGCCAUGCUCAUCAUUGGCAGGAUCCUUCUGGGCGCCGGCAUCGGAUUUGGCAAUCAAGCUGUUCCUUUGUACUUGUCGGAGAUGUCACCUGCAAGAAUCCGAGGAGCGGUGAACCAACUGUUUCAGUUCACAACAUGCGCCGGAAUCUUGGUAGCGAACGUCAUUAAUUACUUCACAGAUAAAGUUCAUCCUCAUGGGUGGAGAAUCUCGCUGGGGUUGGCCGCAGUCCCGGCGAUUCUCAUGUUGAUCGGAGGCAUUUUAUGUCCAGAGACACCUAACAGUCUAGUGGAACAAGGCAGGUUAGAAGAAGCAAGACGAGUGCUGAAGAAAGUGAGAGGAACUGACAACGUGGAAGCAGAGUUCGCAGACCUGAUCGAUGCCAGCAAAGAAGCACAGGCCGUGAAAGACCCAUUCCGAAACCUUAUCAAGAGAAAGUACAGGCCUCAGUUUGUGAUCGGAGCUCUGUGUAUCCCUGCUUUUCAGCAGCUCACCGGAAAUAACUCCAUUCUCUUCUAUGCUCCGGUCAUCUUCCAGAGUCUGGGUUUUGGCUCCGGUUCAUCCCUGCUUUCAUCACUCAUCUCUAGUUUGGCACUCAUUGUUGGCACUCUCAUCUCUAUGGCUUUAGUCGAUAAAUUCGGAAGGAGAGGCUUCUUCAUAGAAGCUGGUGCUGAAAUGAUAGUAUACAUGGUACUUGUGGCUUCAAUUUUGGCUAAAUAUUUUGGGCAUGGGGAAGAACUGUCAAAACCUACAGCUGCAGUUCUGGUGGCGGCGAUAUUCCUGUUCGUGUUGGCCUAUGGAAGAUCAUGGGGUCCGUUAGGGUGGCUGGUUCCGAGCGAGCUGUUUCCAUUGGAGAUAAGGUCGUCGGCGCAGAGUGUGGUGGUGUGUGUGAACAUGAUCUUCACGGCGUUGGUGGCUCAAUUGUUUCUGGCUUCAUUGUGCCAUCUCAAGUAUGGCAUCUUCUUGCUGUUUGCGGCGUUGAUAGUGAUAAUGUGCACAGUGGUGUAUUUCUUCUUGCCGGAGACGAAGAGGACCCAGCUGGGUCUUCUUCGUCUUUCUCUUGUCUUUCUAGUUUUCUUCCAUGUUACAGCACAACAACAGAUCAAUGAUAGUGCACCUUCACUGGAUGGCAUCACUGCUUUCCAACCAAGUUUAGCAGUUGUCAUAGGAAUCCUAUGUCUUAUGUUUUCACUUACAUUCAUUCUUCUCUUGUAUGCCAAGUUCUGUCAACGCAGAGCUUCGGCUCACGUUGACCCUGAAAACCUCCCUGCACUUGUGAGAUCAAGGUCCAGAUUCUCAGGAAUCGACAAGACUGUCGUAGAAUCUCUCCCCUUCUUCAGAUUCUCUUCCCUCAAAGGAUCAAAAGAAGGUCUUGAAUGUGCAGUUUGCUUGUCAAAGUUUGAAGAUAUUGAAGUCCUCAGGCUUCUUCCCAAAUGCAAACAUGCCUUCCACAUCGAUUGUAUUGAUCAUUGGCUUGAGAGACACUCUAGCUGUCCUCUUUGUAGGCGAAAGGUCAGUUCUGAUGACCCCACCAUGCUUACCUAUUCAAACAGUUUGAGGCUUCUAACAAACCAGUCAGAGAAUGGUGAGGAACCCAACAUAGAGAUCUUUGUUCAGAGGGAAGAAGAACGUCAUGGGUCUUCUAGAUUCCGAAUUGGAAGCAGCUUCAGGAAAUCUGGAAAGGGUCUAAAAGAAGAAGAAUUGCCGAUCCAAGAAGAAGCAGAGCAUGAUGGUGGAAAGUUGUAUCAUAAACAUAACCAUAAGAUUACUGUAAGUGAUGUGGUCUUCAAGCACCGAUGGAGCAACGUGAGCUCUUCGGACCUCAUGUUUCUGAAUUCAGAGAUGAUUAGUUCUGUGCAAAGCGAAAGAUUCGAGCUUUCAGAACCAUACGGUGAGAAGAUUCGAGCAUCAACAUCAGGAGAAAAUGGGCAGAUCAUCAACAUAAAGGAGGAGAUGGAGAGGAAGAUAUCCUUUGGGACAAAGUUCGGUUCAUUAAACUCAGGUUUAGAUGCUUCAGAUUGUGCAGGAACUUCAUCUUCUAGUCAUACAUCAAAAUAUGUGAAUCCGGGGGAGAAAAGAUCCAUGUCAGAAAUCACUGGUGUGUCUAGAUUUGGAGAUUUGGGUAUGAGAGACAGAAUGUUUAGGGAUUGUUCAAUGAUUCCAAGCGAUGUUAACGAGGAAAGAAGGAGGCAGCUAUGGCUGCCAAUCGCCAGAAGAACUGUUCAAUGGUUUGUGAAUAGAGAAAGAUCUCAGCCGUUAAAUGUAUAGUUUCAUCAAUAAUCUAAUCACCUUCUCAAGGUUAGGUGUGAUCUGCUUCAGUUCAAACAUUUACUGAACACUGAAUAGCCACGUGUUGAUCUGACAGCUUCAUGUACAUUUUGUUUAGCAAUUUUCUUAGAGUAUAAUAUAGUUUUUUUUUUUUUUUUUACCAGAGAGUAUAUGGUUCUAUAGAAACGGAUAAACCUUUCUUGUUUUUUUGCUUCAUUUCAAUUUAUGCUGUUCCUGAUUUCAGAAUUUAUAGAAAGAAUGUAAUAUAGUUAGCGUUAAUUUUGUAACUAAUACUAACCCAUAAUUUUUUUAA